CGCCCGGAAGUGACGCGCCCGGAAGCGGAAAUGGCGGCGCCCAGCGCGGAGCAGCUCCGGGAGCGGCUCCGGGAGCGGCUCCAGGCCGUGCACGUGGAGGUGUCGUGCCCCCCCCAGCUGUGCCCGGGCAGUUUCCGCCUCGUCGUCGUCUCCGAAAUUUUCCGGGGCCUCAAAACCCUCCAGAGGCACCGGCUCGUUAACGAGGCGCUGGGGGAGGAGCUUGGCCGGAUCCACGCCCUGGAGCACCGGACGCUGACGCCGGAGGAGUGGGAGGAGCAACGGGGCUCAUUAGCAUAAAUUUGCAUGGAUUUGACUAC